CUCAGCGGAGUGACGGCGCCGCAGACGCUGGAGUCGGUCUGGCAGCCGGUGGCCGCCGAUAUCGCAGCCGCACCGUUAAUGAGGCCGCGCUGGAACCGGAGCCAGGCAAUCGAGGCCGCAGCAAGCCCGGACUGGCGGCCCUUCCACGCAGGUGAAAGUGAGGCUAAGGCAAAGACCAAGGCUCAGUUUGAAGAAGCGUUCAAAAGCUAUUCUGGUCUAGCUGCUGACAAAAAGAAAUCAAAAAAGAAAAGUGUGCCUUCCCAGGAAAGUAUUGUGCUUGAAACACUGAGGAAUAAAUUGGGUCUCCAUAAAGACAACGAAGAUGAAACUAUUUUAAAUAACACUUAUAAUCCAGAAGAACACAGUCCCCGCUUCUCAAAAAACAAAUUGAAUGCCAGGAUCUCUGUUGCAGAAAAAGUUAACAAUAAUGAGCUCCAGGAGGAUGAAAAGCCCCACAAACAAAACAAAAAGAAGAAAAAGAAAUCAUCAAUCAAUGAAGAAUCAUUUGAUGGGGAACAUUUGCAGAAAGGCCCUUGUCCAGAAUCUGUUAUGCCUGUACAAAAAUCGGAGAAAAAGAAGUUGAAAGAAGAGAGCCUUGCUAAUAGUGUGCUAAGGAGUAAUUUAGCAGAUGAUGUGGAUUCAUUAAUCAAAGCCUAUCAGCAGCAGAUAGCUGCCAGGGAUGCAGGCGAUGGUAAAAAGACAAGGCAGAAAAUCAUGGAGCGUUCAUUGGAAACAAUUUCUCGUGUAUCUUCAAUAUUAACCAGCAAACUGGAGAAGAAGAAAAAGCCACUAUUGACAAAUGAAGGGGAAACAAGUGAGAUGCACAUUUCAGAACUGCAAGAUAAUCAAGAUGAAGCUAAUCAUUCAAGGAAAAAAAUUCCUCACAGAAGAUUGAUACCUGAGUUAGAAGAGAUUAGUGAUGAAGGAAAACAGAACCAGGGGGAGAAAGAGAUUCAGCAAAAAACUAAAAGAAAGAAGACCAAGAAAACUAAAGUGGAAAAAAUAGAGAUGGAAGAAGAAGUGCAUGAACCUCCUGAACGUGAAGAAGCUGCUUCUACAGUGGCUGCUGAACUUCAGCAGUCAAAACCAAAAUACAUUACUGAUGAUGAUCUGGUUCUUGGGGUAAACAUCCACAGAUCGGACCUGUUAAAAACAGAUUUUAUGACAUCACAUCCUUCAGUGAAAGUUCAUGUAAUUAAUGAAGAGACUGGUCAAUAUGUCAGGAAAGAACACAGCAAUCGACAUGUCACUUCUUAUUAUGAGCAAGACAAUGUGGAGCAUAUCCUUCCCAUCAUGACGCAGCCUUAUGAUUUUCGGAAAAACAAAUCGACGAUUCCAGUAUGGGAGGAACAACUUGUCUUCAAUGAGCGAUUUGGUUACUUCCUGAAAGAUUCCAUAGGUUCACCUAAUACUCUUCUGUUCUUUGAGAUCCUUGAGUUUGUAAGUAUGGAUGAAGCCAAAGUCAACUUUGCAACUCAAAGUAGUGAAGGUGGUUGGCGCAAGUUAGCCUGGGCAUUUCUAAAGCUGGUGGGUGCAAAUGGGGUGUUGAAUAUCGAUGGAAAACUUCGCCUACAGUUGUAUUAUCCAGCUUCAAAGGUCAAAAAGCUAUCAAAUUCCAUUGAAGUGUUUGAAUGGUGGAAGAAACGCCCAUGGGACCAUUACCCUUCAACUUUGUAUGUUACAGUGAAAGGCUUAAGACUACCUCAAAAUGUGAAUCCUUCUGUACGUUCCAUGAUGGUUUUUCAGCAAGAGCAAGGCACAAUCUCAUACAAUGAGCUCCAAUCUGAGUUGACACGGGCAAGUGUUUCAUCAAAUCUAGAUAUUGAGAAGUUGGAACUUUUGAAAUGGACCAGGCUACCUGGGCAGGUUUGUCGUAUUCCUAACCAGCUUUUACUGUCGUUUCGAGGAGGACAUAUAGGGUGCUUCUUUAUAGCAUUUUCUCAUGAUGGAAGAAGCUUGGCAGCAUCAUGUGCUGACAGAAAUGGCCAUUUCAUUGUAGUGUAUGAAAUUCCUUCAGGACAUCCACUUGGAGAAUUUAAUGGGCACUUCAACAUUGUGUACUCUCUGUGCUGGUCGAAUAAUGACAAAACCCUCCUCUCUGCAUCAUCUGAUGGUACAGUAAGGGUUUGGAAUACCGAAACCUAUCAGAAUCCAGCUGAGAAAAUGCUUCCACACCCUUCAUUUAUCUAUACUGCAAAAUAUCACCCAUUUGCCCAGUACCUAGUAGUUACAGGAGGCUAUGAUUGUAUCAUACGUGUUUGGAAUAUAAAUGUGAAUGAAAUGAAUGGCCAGUUACUCCAGGAACUCGACGGUCACAAGAGCUUCAUUAAUACACUUUGCUUUGAUGCUGAAGGGUUACGGAUGUUCUCGGGUGAUAGUUCAGGACUGAUCAUUGUUUGGAGCACAUUUGUAAAUGAAGGUGUGCUGGAAAAUCCAGUUCGGCAGUGGAGUAUUGACAAGAACAUAUUGCAAAAUGACUUAAAAGGUAUUCCUAUAAAUCACCUGGAAGUUCAUCCAAAUGGCAGACGUUUGUUAAUCCAUGCCAGGGACAGCACUUUGAGAGUGAUGGAUCUGAGAGUGCUGGCUGCAAAGAAGUACACAGGGGCUACAAAUUACCGUGAACAUAUCUACAGUACAUUCACACCAUGUGGGACAUUUCUUUUCUCAGGCAGUGAAGAUGGAAUAUGUUACGUUUGGAAUACAGAUACAGGAGACCAAGUGGCAAUGUAUUCUGAUCUUAAUUAUACAUCAGCUGUUCGAUGUGUAGCCUUUCAUCCCCAUGAACACAUGGUGACUUUUUGUGCCUUUGGACCAAAUCAGCCUAUACUUGUCUUUCUUUAUGAUCAGCAAGUUGCUCAGAUGGAAGCUGAAAGUAUGAAAAAUGUUUGUAGAGCAAAUUUAAAAUCUGCAACUACAGCUACACCAAAAGGACCCAAGAUUCUUAGCAGUAGCUUUGAUGGUCGGACUGUAUGUGAUGCCUCUCUGUCUUCAUUUAGUCAUUCAUCGAGGAUGUCCAUGAAAAUGCAAAAAGUCAGGGAAAAACUGAACUCUGUUUUGGAGUCAGUACAACAGAACACCUCAGAAAUGGACCACUAUCUAGUUCAACAAGAUAUGGUUCCCAUGAUGUCUUUGGAUACGAGAUGGAAUUCUAGUUUUAAUUCAAUGCGCAAUUGCUACCUCAACAGUGCCAGGCCAAAACACUCUCUUCCUGCACCAUCGUUGCUGUCGCCUCACUCCAAGCUGAGGCUCCCAACUACUGUGGGUGCUCAGCUGUUAUCACAGCAGCCGCCAGUUUCCCAGAUUGCAAAUGAAGCAAUCCAUGCCUGCAUACAGCAAACGCAGACAACAAACGAGGAUUCAGUUCCUGUGGGGCAUCGUUUUAGCAGACCACCAUCAGUCAAGCUCGAGACGACUAAUGCAAAUCCUUCAAUAUCAUCAAUCAAGGUAGAAGCUGAUUCUAAUGCACCAGUUGAAGAAACUGUUGUAGCUCUUUAUGACUACACAGCGCAUCGAUCAGAUGAGCUAACCAUCCAGCAUUAUGACAUUAUCCAAGUGCUGUACAAAGAUAAUGUGAACUGGUGGUUUGGUCGCUUAGCCAAUGGAACACAGGGCUACUUUCCAGCAAAUUAUGUAGCUAAUGAAAGAAUACGUGAAGAAAUACAACCGCAUCAACAGGACAACAAUCCUCUUUUAGUAACUGAAGAUGAAGAGGCAGAAGUGAAAUCCCCAACACCCACCAAGAUGUCAGCAGUCAUCAGCAAGUCAGGAGAGCUCAAGCUGAUCUCUGAGCAUGACACAGAUACAGAGUCACCUGUGAAACCUGCAUCGCAGAAAAAGAGAAAAAAGAAAUUGGCAGCAAAACCACUGGAUGUAACGACACCAAAAUCCGAUUUAAUGGUUGCUGAAGGUGAUUGUAAAAUUGAUGCAAUGACUGCAAGGAAGAAAAAAAAGAAAAAAUCUCUGAGAAACCAAAGUACAAAUGGAGAAAGUAAUGGUGCAUUUAAAAUGGACUAGAACAUCUGUUUAACGUGUCUGUGGUAUGAAUGGGCAACUGAAAAAGCAGUAAUGUGGAUCAUUGCAAUGGAUGUGUCUGUUGUAUAGAGAAUCUGCAAUAGUUUUUUUUACAACACAAAAAAAUAUUGGUUGGUUUAUAAAUACAUGUGUUUAAAUAGUUUAUAAAAAAUAAAUAUUUUCUUCCAAUCAUAGGAUUUUGAAGAAAAAAAUUGAACAACUCACCACCACAAUGGCGAGUUUUAUAGGAAGGUUUGAUUAUCUUAAUUGAAAUAAUUGAACUUUACUGGGUAUUGUGCUUAUAUCCGCUGCAGUGAAGUUACCAACUGACAAUUUAUUUAAAGAAGCCAUUGUUACGCAAGUAAGAUUAAUGUUUGUCUUAUAGAUAUUAUAUUUAAUUAAGCCUUUGUUACCAAACAUGUCUUUUUUAUUUUAAUAUUUUUGCUUGAGGUUGCAAUGCAUCUUUUUGUUUCUGUUAUUUGAUGAUAAUCUUCAUUAUAUUUAUAUUUAUAUUCUAGUUCAUUGUAAUACAGUAAACUCAUUGGUUGUGGAAUAAUUUAUCUAAACAGUUGUUCCACCAAUGGAACCAAGAGGAAAAGUGAAUAGAAACAUCCAUAGGGACAAAUUUCAUGUCUGUCGUUUGCCUUCAGAUCUCACUAUUCUGAAAUUAUUUUAUGUAAGACAUGACUGAUUUCAUUAUAUCAAUUCAAAUGGGAAUUUCCAUUUCAACUUAGCCAAAUCAAUAUACAUUUUAAAAGAAAACAUUUAUUUAAAAUAUGCAACCUGCUUAAAAAUACUUUGUCAUCAAUAAGAAUAGACUUUUCAGAGGUUUGGUAUCUGCACUACUAUUGAUUAAAGAUUUGCACCUAUUAUACACUAAUAUUUUCAGAACUUUUUUACUUUGAUGUUACCAUUGGAGAAAUGAUGCCAUUUUAGCCUUAAUCAUCAACAAAAAAAUUCUGUCACAAUGUUACAUUUGGAUUUUUUAUAACCCUUCCUACAUUUUAGGUUAUUAAUUUUUAUUUACAGAUUUUGAGAAUGUCUUUUUGGUUACCUUUUACUGUAGGAGGUGAAUAUGA